AUGCUCGUAGGACGCGGGUCCACUACACUGAGGUCGACUCGGAGCAGUUUCCGCGAUGAUUCCAUCGUUUGCUUCCUACAAGCUCCAAAGGUUGGAUCGUACUCCCAUUGGUCUUCGUCGGUCGGCAAGACGAUCGGAGCAAAACUGAACGAGUUGAGAAUCCCCGACACCCCCGGGCCCGGCGCGUACAGUCCCAACAGUGCAGACAAGCCUUCUGCUCCUCGGUACACGCUCAGCCCCAGGCAUGAAACGUCCAACCACAAGGGAUACAUCCCCGGACCUGGAGCAUACACUCCCUGGAACCCUUCGCACAAGGCACGAGCUGUAGGCUUCGGUCAGCGUCUCUCCUACUCAGGCGACAAGCCACGAAGCCCUGGGCCAGCAGCCUACAACGUCGACUUGUCGUUGGUGUCGAACAGCGGGAAGACUGUCAGCACAAAUGGAGGAAAGCGAGGAGCUCCUUCCUAUUCCUUCGGCAUCAGGCACAGCUUGGGCUCAGCGUACGGGCAUGUGCCAAACACUCCUGGGCCUGGGGCUUACUCGCCAACACCCAAAGCUGCUCGGCUGCUGGGCGAGUCAGUUGCCUACUCGAUGAAGUCGAGGAGCCCGGAAAGAAUCCGGACGUUCGCACCAGGACCAGGGGCUUACAACAUCGACUACGGGUGCACGAGGAGAGGGGUCUUCACGAGCCCUAAGCACAGCAUACACGGCAAGCUCAAGAGCAUCGAUUCGUCGAAUCACAGUACCCCGGGGCCCGGAUACUACGAGGCUCCUCAGCAAUUCUUUUCAAACCCACUGCCUUGA